AAGAAUAAACCCCUAAGGACGAGCCAAAUCUAUGCACAAGAUGAGGGACAAUCACAUUUGCAAUUGUAUACCACUCGCUUUGAUAUGAUGAAAAUGACAGCUGGAAAGAGAAGUCCACCAAUCAAACCUCUACUUGGCAUGAAUCCAUUCCAGAAAAACCCCAAGCACGCAUCUGUCCUUGCAGAGAGUGGCAUUAACUAUGACAAACCAUUACCACCAAUUCAAGUGGCCUCAUUGCGUGCUGACCGUAUAGCCAAAGAAAAGAAGGCUUUGGAGCAGGUCCGAGCACAGCAGCAAACUGGGCCAUUGCCACAGCAGCCACAGCAAAAUGGACAACAGCCUGCUCAGCCAACAGCUGUGCAGACGGCACAGGCUCAGACACCCACUCCCGCAGUUACCCAGGCACAAGUUGUCGUUCAGCAGCAACCUGCAGCCAAGAAUCUGAAUACUGGUACAACACCCAUAACCACUCCAACACUCAUUACUGGCACCAUCAAGGCUGCAGUACCAGGAACAACUAUAGCCACAGGAACAGUAACUGCAAAUGUUCUUGUAAACACAGUGUCUGGAGUGGCAAGUGUUCCCUCUGCAACUUUCCAACCUAUCAACAAGCGACUGGUGUCUCCAGUUGUAACUGGUGCAGUUUCAUCUGCAGGAGCAGCCACUGGUCAGUUAGUUCAACAGAGGACAGCAACGACACCCACAGCACCUACAGAGAUGGUGACUAUAGCAACUAGUCCAGGAGUUCGAGCUGUGACUGCAGGGACUGUGGUAUCUACUAAUCUUACACCUGUUCAAACACAGGCAAGAGCCAUUGUGACCCAAGUAACAACAGGUAGCAUGUUUUUAUAUCUUCUAUAA